UUGAAGCCAUGACGUUAUCGGAGUCUGCCGACAUGGAAGAUGCACGUGGUGAUGUUUGUAUGUCAGACCGUUUGAUCCCAUCCAGGGGGACUUGCAGCGAAGUUCAACAGCUCAAACUUGAACGAGAUGAGAACUGGGCACCUCAAAACGAUUAUCACGAAGUUCUCUCUCAGAAUGUGUUGGGCAAAGAGGCAUUGAGUAAUGUGAAGAUCUUGAGUUACCAGCACAAACCCGUGCGACAAGACCCUCACCUCAAUGAGUUGAAAGUGCUGUACAGCAGCAACCGUGAUGGCAAAGCAACAGCACGACCUUGCCGUCACCUUCCCCAAAGUGCUACAAAGGUCCUGGAUGCACCUGGCAUCCUGGAUGAUUUCUAUAGUCAUCCUGUGGAUUGGUCAUCACAAAAUGUUGUUGCUGUCGCAUUGGCCGACAUGGUUUUCCUAUUUGAUGCCUCCACUGGAAACACAAAAAAACUUCUUCAAGUGUCGCGGGGCUCUGUCACAACCCUGCGAUGGACUGAAUCAGGUGGGCACUUGAGUAUUGGUUCAUCCUGUGGAGAGGUGCAAAUUUGGGAUGCCGCCUCUCAGAGGCAGCUCCGCAACUUGCGUGGCCAUUCAGGAAGGAUCGGAGCCCUUGCCUGGCACAAGCACAUGUUGAGCAGUGGAUGUGCAGAUGCGGAGGUUCAUCAACAUGAUGUUCGAGUCCGAGAGCACUUGGUGUCCCGAAUGUCGGCACAUUCGGACUUGGUAUGUGGCUUGGAUUACAACUCUGAAGGGAUGUUGGCAUCUGGAGGGAAUGACAACAUCGUGUGCAUUUGGGAGACGCCCACAGCAGAAACCCCCGUGCACACCUUCACAGAGCAUCAGGCUGCUGUGAAGGCUUUGAAGUGGUGCCCUUGGCAGCGCCAUGUCCUUGCCACUGGAGGGGGCUCAGCAGAUCGUCAGAUUUGUUUGUGGAAUGCCUCCAGUGGCAGACUUCUCAUGUCUACCAAUGCCGAGAGUCAGGUCACCGGCAUUUUGUGGGGAGAGCAGGAAAGAGAGCUUUUGACAGCACAUGGAUAUUCCAGAAAUCAGCUAUCCCUAUGGAAGUACCCAUCCCUUGUGAAGGUUGGUGAUCUUGAAGGGCAUGAGGGCCGGCUCCUGGGACUGGCUCAGAGCCCUGAUGGCUCAUUAGUUUGCUCCCCUUCAGCCGAUGAAACGCUGCGGUUUUGGCGGGUCUUUACGCCAGCAAGUCCUGACAAGGCCUUGGCUCCAAGCAACAAGACAAACACGAACACCAUUCUCAAGACCAUCCGGUAAGCUUCAAUGAGCUUGAAACUUAUCGCCAAGCCGGAGUGCCACGAGUGCUACAUGCGAAUAGUUUUUUGGAAUUUCUCUUCAUGCGCUGCCAAAAGGUGGCUAGUUUCUGUACUGCAAGGCGGUUUUACAAAGCUUUGCAGGGGUGCAUGCUUUCAAAGAGACCAAUUUCUUUGGCUGCGUCACAUAUCAGUUCAUGAAUUCAAAUGUGAAAUGCUGAAAUGUUCUUUAAUGCACUUUAUGGCGUCUCGCCUUUGAUGUGUUAAAAA